AUGAUCAAUAUAGAACUUGAUGCGUAUCUUUACGAAACGGACGCUGUCGCAGAAAAACCGACAGAAGAAUCAAUAGUUCCUGUUCAGAACGACGUUCAGUCUCAAGACCGCGACCUGUUCAUUGACGAUGCUGACGAUGGAUCGGGCUUAGACGCGGACGAGAGCUCAGGCUCCGGCUGGGGAGCCGGUGGGCCUGGCCUUGACGACGAGGACGGCCGGCCGGGAUCAGGUGAACUUCCAAACGGACCACCGGAUGACGAAGACUAUGGAACUCCAACCCAAAAAACUAAGGGAACCGAAAGCACCCUUAUCACCAUUGGAACUCCACGCCCUGAAGAGACUGAUUACGUAGACCCUGAACAACCGGAGAUUCCUGAUGUUCCAAACGCCGAUCCAAUCCCAUCAGUAGACUCCAACCAGUUAAAUGAAAUCAUUCCAAAAACAGCUAACAGGCCCGUAGAGGGUCCUCCAGUGCAGGGGCGCGACGGAGGAGCCGAACAACCCCCACGCCCAGAUCAGACCGACUUCAGCAUAACUGGAGAAGACCUUGUGCCAUCAGUAGAUCAACAGCCAUCUGGCACAAGCGUGAAUUCCGAGUCUCGUGUGCCAGACAAAGUAUUCAUCAUGAACACCAAGUCUGAGGAUCGCGCAGCUAGCUUCUUCGCGCAGCCGGGCAUUCUUGCGGCUGUGAUUGGCGGUGCAGUGGUCGGGCUCCUAUGCGCAAUCCUGGUAGUAAUGUUUAUAGUGUAUCGUAUGCGUAAGAAGGACGAAGGUUCGUACGCACUCGACGAACCAAAGAGAAGCCCUGCCGCAGCAUCGUACGGGAAGGGGCAUAAUAACCGCGAGUUCUACGCGUGA